GCAUGCAACGCGGCGCGCACAGCCCCACACUCUCUCUCCAGACACACACCACGCACCGCAAGCGCCUCCCCUUUCGUCCCUCCCCGCCGCCUUCUCCUCUCCCCGUCUUUCCUUGCCACAACCAGCGCCGGCUGCCAAUCCGCCUGCUGCUGCUGCUGCUGCGUAUCCUCUUCUGCACUCUCAACAGCAACAACAUGAGUGCAUGGGAAGCUCCGUUGGUUUCUUCUGCUGCAGAGCUUUUGCGCUGCUCUGGCUGCCUCUUGCUGGAUUAAUUGCUGCUGUUGCUGCUAGCCUUGGACCAAGGCUGGGGCGUGCGUUUUUUCUUUUGGCUUCCCCCCACCUCUCUUCUCCGUGGGCGCAUAUGGGAAAAUUAAAAGGACCACACCAGCCACCACUUUGGUGGUAAGGAGCGGGGCGGCCAGGACGAGACUUCGCGCCCCCCUCCCCAGCACUCCGUGGCAAGAGCGCCCCCAAGACAACCACCAGCUGCCCAACCAGAUUUUAACAUAGGCUGAUCCUGGCCAAGGAAUUGAGGUCCUGAUGGGGGACUCAGGAUCGAGGCGUUCGAUCAUUGUGUCCCGGCUGCCAAUAUUCAGGAGAAGUAUUAGCCGGCGGCACGAUUCCCUCCCAUCCUCGCCAACCUCUAGCAAUACCGUUGGUGUCCACAGCUCUUCUCCCUCCAGCACCAACUCCAGCUCAGGUAGCACCGGCAAGCGCAGGAGCCUCUUCCGCACGCCUUCCAUCAGCUUCCACCACCACAAGAAGGGGAGCGAACCCAAAGCCGAUUCUCCAGGGCAGAACGUGGGCAUUUCAAAUGGUGCUCAGUCUGGCCACGGCACUUUGCAGAAGCUCGGUUUGGAGGAGCACGUGAAGCACAGAGGGAGGCAUUCGGUCGGCUUUGGGAGUUCUCGGAGCAAGAAGAUCACCAGGUCUUUGACGGAGGACUUUGAGAAGGGGAGGGAGCCCUCAACCAAUAAAAACGUCUUCAUAAAUUGCAUAAGGUCUGGGAAGAAUGAAGGGGACGACUCUGGCUUUGCAGAGGACCAAAGCAGGGCCUCCGUAAAACAUUCCUCAAGGAAACUUCUCCCCAAAUCCUUCUCGACACACUACAGGUUUUCAAAGCCAGUCCCUCAAAGCCAGUCCAUUUCCUGCGUGCAGCCAUCUUCUUGCUUGUUGGACAUUAAGCCCAGUGUUGAAAGCGAGCCUGUGUCGGCGAAGUCUUCCUCCCCGUGUUCUGCUGACAUAAUAGAAUGUGCAGGCAGCUCUUUGCAGUCGCCGCUGCUCUCUGCUGACCUGACCACGGUCCAGACGCCUUCCGAGUUUCUAGCACUGACAGAAGAUUCCGUCUCAGAGGUCGACGGACUGCCCAACUGCGGGAAUUUGCACGGGGAAGCCUUUGCCCACAAUGUUUCUACCUCUCAAAUCUUCCUCAAUCCCAUUACUGCUGCUGCUGCUGCCACUGCUCCUCCUCUUCCUCCUCCUGUUCUUUUAAGGAAGAUGGAUCAUGCAGAAAGUGUUCCUCAUUGUGCUGUUCUAUCGCCCAGAAGUCACAGGGCCAGAAAUGGACUGCUCAAUGAAAAUAGUGCCAUAUCUGAAACCCUCGAUUCUAAUCGAAACCAUGCAAAAGUAUUAUUGCAAGAGCUUCCUGCUAAACAGACCAGCCAUCCCGAAGAAGCAAACUCAGGAGCUGAAGCACAAUUAAAACCCUUUGUCUUAAACCAGGGGGAAGUAACUGAAUGUUCCUCCAAAGCACAGGGACUACCUAGAGACCAACAAGAAGUUAAAGCACCGGAACAUAUUAGAGAAACCAUCCCAGUAAUUGAGUCAAAGAUUAUUCCUUUGUCUUCAGAACCGCAGCCUUUUCAAGCCCAGCAAGCAUAUGAAAUAAAAGUGAAUCUUGCUAGUAGUUUUAGCCCAUACCGAGAAGGAAGAUUCAUAGAAAAACGCCUGAGAUCCUCUUCAGAAGGCACUGCUGGGAGCAGCCGGAUGAUCUUGAAACCAAAGGAUGGAAACCCAGAAGAAAUGAACAGCUUGCGAAAGCAGAGGACGGGGUCUUCCUCAUCUAAAAUGAACAGCAUGGAUGUUUUGAAUAACUUGGGCUCCUGUGACCUGGAUGAGGAUGAUCUCAUGCUCGACUUGGAAUUUCUGGAAGAACAGCAUCACAGGCGUUCUGUUUGCCGGGAAGAUUCACACCAGUCUAUAGUCUCGUGUGCUGCUGUGCUGCUUACUCCCAUUGAACCAACUGCUGAAGGAAAGAAGAAGGAACAGCCAAAAAUGACUGAAGUGACCAAACAGAAUCUUUCUCUGAAGUUGUCAAAGGAAGUGGAUCGAGGAGAAGCGAGGUGCCCUCGUGUCAGCCAACUGGCUAGCAGCCCGUCGGUGGAGUGGCCUUUUGCAGCCAUCGAAGAUGGUGGAGGGAUGGAAUCUUUGCCCUACCGACUGAUGAUGCAAGACUGUACAGCUGUCAAAACAUUACUUCUGAAAAUGAAGAGGGUUCUCCAAGAGAGUGCAGAUAUGAGUCCUGCAAGCAGUACCAACUCGCUUCCUGUCAGCCCACUUACUGAAGAACCGUUGCCAUUCAAGGAUAUAAUGAAAGAUGAAUGUUCGGCGCUGAAGCUUCAGCUGAAGGAGAGAGAUGAACUCAUUUCCCAACUGCGCGAAGAGCUGGAAAAAUCCCAAUAUUUACAGAGGACUCUUGCCUCUCAAGUAGAUAAAUCCACACAGACUGAACUUGUAGGCCACGAUGCUACAUAUCUAAACAAAAUGGUGAGCCAAACUCUCAACACAAAGGACAGAAAGUCAGCACAUACACCCACCGAGGACCAUUUUAGAUAUUUGCCGGGCAACCAAGUAACCUCCCACGAAAGCAAAAGCUGCCAGCUGUCAAGUGUGUGCCUCAGCAGCCUCCUGAAAGAAAAAGAAAUCGUGGAGGUUCUCAAGCACACAAGAGAGACUUAUGAAGCCCUGACUUCAGAGGUCAGCCAGAACGGCUUAGAAGGAGAAGCGCAAAGUGGCUUGAAGCCGACAGCCAAGGCCGAGAAUCUCCCUGCUUUUCCCGGGGCUCUGAAAGAUCAAUCUCCUGUCCCUCGGCAACAUUCCACUUUCAUAGGGAGGCUGGGACAGCCUCCGAGAGGACCAAUCUCCUUACACAUGUACAGCAGGAAAAACGUUUUUCUUCACCACACCCUUCACACAUCUGAGCUUCAGACUUUGGGCCAGCAAGAUGGGUAAACGGAGUUGGCACGUGUUUAUUGAAGACAGAGCCCUACAUCUGGCUUAAGGGGCCACGAUGCUAAUUUAAAACUGACUUUUUAAGUUCUCAUCAGCUGCUACCUACAUACUGUUUUGAAAUUAACUAUUGUUGUCUAUGAAAUCUAGGCGAUCCCUGUAAAGUAAGGACUGGG